AUGCUCCACCUUCACUCCCUAGUCCGCUGCCAUGCGCUCCUUCCAUCGAUCCAACUCCGUCGCGUCUUCUUCUCCACCGGCGCUUCCGCAUCCUCCUCAGUCGCCACCGCUUCUCCCGAUCCUCACUUCCUUGUCGAGUACCUCGUGAAUACAUGCGGGUUCACCGCCGACGAUGCUUCCAAGGUCUUCAAGUCGCGCCCCCGUUUUCGGUCCGCCGAGAAGGCCGACGCCGUUCUUGGAUUUCUCAAAUCUCAAGGCCUUGAUGGCGCGAAUCUCAGAAAGCUAAUAACUUGGAAGCCAAACUUGUUCGGCUGGGAUGUGGAGACGAACCUCGCUCCAAAGUUCAAAUUUUUGCGCGACAUGGGGUUCUCUGAGUCCGAGGCCGUCAAUGUCGUUAUGCUGCACCCCACCAUUCUUUCCCUCAGCAUCCAGAACACGCUUCUCCCCAAAUUGAAGUUUUGGGAAAGUCUUUUUGGAUCCAAGGAGAUCCUCCUCAAGAAUCUCCGGAGGGGUAACAGGUUUAUAGGCAACAGCAUUGAGAAUGUGGUACGCCCGAACUUGAACUUUUUACGGGAUGAAUGUGGUAUUCCUGAAGAGCGAGUUUCUCUUGCCAUUAAAAGGCACCCCAGUUUCAUCGUGCUGAACCCAGAUACCUUCCGGGCUCUGGUCGAUAGAGCUGACGGGCUUGGAGUUCCCCGGGGAUCUAGAAUGUUCCUCUGGAUCCUUUAUGUGCUGCACGCGGUCAGCAGGGAAAAAUUUGAAGCCCAAGUAAAGCUCAUGAACAGUUUUGGUUGGUCGAACUCCGAUUUCAUUACUGCAAUCAUGAAAUAUCCAAAAUUUUUAAGCCUUUCCAUAGAGUUAUUGCAGAGAAAGAUGGAAUUUUUGGUCAAGGAUGUUGGGAUUGCACCUUCAGACAUUGCUUACCACCCGACGCCUUUAGGAUUAAGUUUGGAAAAGAGGUUAAUUCCUCGAUUUCGUGUGAUGGAGAUAUUGAAAUCUGAAGGGUUAUGGACGUCAAGAAACAAGAUACAUGGAUUUUUAUCAUCAUCUGGUCCAAAAUUUUUGCAGAAGUAUGUGCUUCCUUACCAAGAUAUGCACCCCAAACUUCUUGAAGUCUUGUCUUGUGACGUGUAUCUGAGUUCAAAGGGCAUAAUCCAAACUGCUAAUGAAUGCUAG